AUGCUGCCUGCACGCAGACGCGGGCCUUUCUUUACGACCCUGUUGCUGGGCGUGGUGACCUCCCAUGCCGACGACGCACGGAGGCUGCAGACUUAUGGCGGCUGCCCAACAUGGGUACCAACGCCUUACUCCAGCGAGCCCUCGCCCUUCGGCUGGCCACUGUCGCCGAACGAUUGGAGUUUUGCAGAUAUGGCAUAUUGGCCGAAGAAGUAUCUGGCUUGCGCUGGAAAGAAGCAGUCGCCGAUAGACAUCCCACUGAACAGCGCAAACUGCGGAAUCGACCGGAUCGGUGAUCAAGACGGUGUUCUCAAAGAGGCAUCUGGCUACACAGCACAGGGCAGCGUCCGACCGCCUGAAGUUCGAGUAAGCGCCUACUUGAGGACAGUCCACGCGGAGGGCAACUACGGCGACAUUCGUUUGCGGGGCGAGUCAGGCGAGAUUAAAGUUUACGAGGCCAUCUCCGUCCAUCUCACGGCACCAAGCAUGCACAAAGUGGACGGCAAGUUCAUGGCUGCCGAGUUGAUGGUCCUUCAUAAGCCGAAGGGCGCGCCCAACAUGCUCAAGGACGGUGUGAUUCUAAGCAUGUUCUUCGACGACACGAACGGCACCGAGAGUACCAUCUUCAGCCAUUUCGGCUUCUCCAGCGAUGGCAUCGCUGACCCUGCAAAGUCCUGGACAGCGUCGCACUACAUCAACCUGGCCGAGGCCCUGGCUCCGGCCUUGGAUGGGCCUUCGUACCAGUAUGACGGGAGUGUUCCAGUACCACCAUGCACGGAGACGGUGAAGUACUUUGUUUUGGGCAAGGCGCAGCCGAUCCUGACUGCCCAAGCCAAGUCUCUGGAAGCUGUCCUCAGCUGCUGGGGAGGUGGCAUCAACAAGCGCGGGCCAAUUCCUUCACCCUUCCUUGGCCAGUGCCGUGCGGUGAAGAUGAACACGGCCACGGUGGGGCCCCCUCACUGGCCAUCGACCUGUGAGGCAGCCGUGGCCAACGGCACCAGCUACCGAUCCGGCAUGUGCUGGGACACCGGAAUGAAUCAGAAGAGCAUGGACAGCUGCGUGAAGUCCCCGGUAGACAUUGCAGCCUCGAAGGCAUCGACGGCAGCAGAGUUGCAGCCCAAGUGGACCUUCAAGGCCAUCAAGCACGUCCGGGUCAUGCCUAGCAACUACAGCGUGGAUGCCAUUCCCCUGGAGGCUGGGGUGCCAGGGCCCCUGCCCAACUUUGGGACGAUUCUGGUGCUGGGCAAGAAGUACAUGGUGCGCAAGAUCCGGAUCAAGCCCAUCUCGUCUCACACGUACAACGGCGAGUACUAUGCGGGUGAGCUGAUCAUCGAAGGCUUGGUCUUCGGCGACGAGAUGGCUGAAGGGGUGAGGGGUACCGCGGGCUACCUAGGAGAGCCGUCCCAGGGACACGGAGACCAAGACACUCAUGGUCAUCGGCGCCUCCAGUCAGUUCCCGAGGAGAUGGGCGACGAGCUGCAUCGGCUGUACCUGAGCGUGCCCAUCCGCCUGGGUGUGGAGAACCCACUGCUCCGGGAGCUGGGUCUGCCUUUCCAGGCCUACAGAGAUAGCAUCAAGGACAUGCACUACUACCACAUCGAAACGUCUGUGAACCUGCAGGGUGGCAUCCAGGACGCGCUGGACGGCAACUACCUCUUCUACAGCGGGGGGAUGAUCCAACCCGGCUGUCCCAAAUGGGGCGUCAGGUGGAUCAUGUUCGAGACACCCAUCACUGCCAGCUUGGCGCAGCUCAACUACCUGGCUCUCCCGGUGACCGGCUAUGAUUCCGUCAGGCAUGAAUCCUUUAGAGCCCCACAGCCUCUAACCGUGAAGUGGCCGGAGAACGGUGGCCUGGGCUACACGCCCUGGCCGGGCAGCUUCGUACUGGCCAAGUACCUGGACACCCACCGAGAGGAGCUCGGCUUGCAGGAGAAGAAGGUCCUGGAGUUGGGUAGUGGCACCUGCAGUGUCGCGGGCUUGGCCGCGGGCCUCUUGUGCAAGCAGGUGGACCUCACAGACCGACUCGAGGUCCUGGAGGAGCUGCACCAAAACAUACAGUUUGCGUACCAGAACAUGGAGGCCGAACCGCGGGUAAUGGCGAAGGUCCUCGACUGGGUCGACCUGGAAUUCACCGAGUCGGCUUUCAAGCCAGGCCAAGCCGACCUGAUACUCAUGAGCGACGUCGUGUACUUCUCCCACCUCAGAAGGCCGCUCCUGAACACGCUGCUGUACCUCUGCACGGAGGACACCCUGGUGCUGUGGGCGAACUGUGACAAGUACCCGGAGUAUGAGCCCGAUGUCGAGAGCUUUCUGGAGCUUCUGGAGCCCUUCUUCCGCAUCACCGAGGAGGAGGAGGGGCCGCAGAAAGGCUACGGGGGCCCCUGCGAGGUCCACGAGGGAAUCGUCAAACUACGAUCCCUCCGAAUCAUGAACAUGGAUCUGGCUCAAAACGAGCUGGCGCGGGCGAAAGUGGGCGGCCCAGGAGAGGCGUGCAUCAAGCGCUGCUUCUUUUGA